AUGUCCAACCUGCACGAGGAUGACGAAUAUGACGACUUCGACAUGGACACCGAAGUCGAGCUCUUCGAGACAAAGGACGGCACGGCUCCAGCCCAUGGCGGCCUCAAGUCGUUCAAGACCAAGGACGGCGGCCUCGUCUACUACGCCGACGAUCCGUCCGGCUUCACCGUCAGCGUCGAGCGGCUCCUGCAGGUCGACGGCUUCGAGGACAGCAAGAAAAAGCAGCGCAUGACGCUCAUCGUCCUCAAGGUCGUCUUGGCCUCCAACGAUGAGGACCAGAGGAUCAGGCAUGUGACGUUCAGUAUGGAGUUCCAGGACAGAAUACUCCGCAAGAAAGCCGAGCCACGUCUGCUGGCCUGGGCCCCCUUCGACUCCAUGGUGCGCACCAACAAGACCAAGGUCGACGUGGAGGAGAAAGUCGCCGUCAACGCCAAGCUGGCUGGCGGCGGCGGCGGCGGCGGCGGCAGCGCAGAGGGGUCUGCGGGCUACGAGAAGAAGAUCUCGUGGUCUCAGACGUACUUUGACUCGGGCCACGCAUACCCCAUCAUGGACAAGGACACCCAGGAGCGCUGCGGCGUGCGCUGGGUCCUGGCGUCCAAUCCCAAGGAGGUUGGCUGUGUGCCGCCCGGAAUCACGGCCGCUAUGCUGCUCUCCCGCACGUCGGACGAGCCGUAUCUGGCCAAGUUCAACGUCCGCGUCACCGGCGGGACGUUCUACAACCUGGUGCGCAACAUCGAAACAGUGGUAGGUGUAAAGCCCGGCUCGACUAAGCCAUACAAGGUGACUCCGUCCAAGUCCCCGAUCAAGCGUGGCGAGGGCGAGAGUCUGUUCAACCUGGCCAGGCUUAAGCCCCAUAGUCUGGGCAAGUUGAGGGGCAAGGGAGAGCUGACGGAUUUGACCUUUGUAUGGGGCGACGAGCCGGUGGCAAAGGACGAGGAGACGGAAGAACAGAAGAAAGAUAAUGGACAGGUCGGCACGGGCUGA